CCUCUGUUUUCUGCGUGAGCCUCGACCCCAAGACCAACACGCUGGCGGUGACGGGUGGGGAGGACGACAAGGCCUUUGUGUGGCGCGUGAGCGAUGGAGAGCUCCUGUUUGAAUGCUCAGGACACAAGGACUCGGUCACCUGUGCUGGCUUCAGUCAUGACUCUGUGUUUGUGGCCACGGGUGACAUGUCUGGGCUUAUCAAAGUGUGGCGGGUGGACGCCAAGGAAGAAGUGUGGUCCUUCGAGGUGGGGGACUUGGAGUGGAUGGAGUGGCACCCUCAAGCCCAUGUUCUUCUGGCGGGAACGGCUGAUGGCAACUCCUGGAUGUGGAAGAUCCCCAGCGGAGACUGCAAAACCUUCCAGGGCCCUGCGUGCCCGGCCACGUGUGGCAGGGGCCACCUGCCUGACGGGAAGCGAGCGGUGGUGGGGUACGAGGAUGGGACCAUGCGCAUCUGGGACCUGAAGCAAGGAACCUCGCUGCAUGUCCUGAAAGGUCAGGACGGCCACCAGGACCCCCUGACGUGUGUGGCCAGCAACCAGGACGGCAGUUUGAUCAUGACGGGCUCUGUGGACUGUCACGCUAAGCUGGUUAACUCCACCACGGGCAAGGUGGUGUGUGUGUUCAAGAUGGAGAGCGUGGCCCCCAAGGCCCCUGCCGGUGAGGGCGAGGAGGCCGAGUCCAACUCGGUGGAGUCGCUGGGCUUCUGUAACGUGAUGCCACUGGCUGCUGUGGGCUACCUGGAUGGCACGCUGGCUAUCUACGACCUCUCCACACAGAGCUUGAGGCAUAAGUGCCAACAUGAGUCAGGGAUUGUGCAGUUGGUGUGGGAGGAGAGCUCGGCCGUGGUGUACACCUGCAGCCUGGACGGGGCCGUGCGGAUCUGGGACGCCCGCUCGGGGAAGAUGAUCAGCGAGUACCGCGGGCACUCGGCUGAAAUCCUCGACUUCGCCGUCAACAAGGAUGCCUCCAUUGUGGUGACAACCUCUGGCGACCACCAAGCCAAAGUGUUCUGCGUCCAGCGCCCCGAUCGCUAGGAGCUGUGUUGAGGGACUGUGUCCUGGCUCUGCCAGGUGGCUCGUGUACAGAGGGAUGGGGGAGAUGGGUUUCGCCACCCUUCUCCAGUCUGUGCUUUGUAAUUUUCCAGCCUGCCCCACUUUGCCCUUACCAGCUGGGGGCCAAGCCUGGGGUUUUGUAUGAAAAUGUCUUAUAAUUAUAUAAAUUAUUUCACUUAACU